UGAAAAAAAAGUGUUCGCUACAUUUUUCAUCAUGGCCGGUGGCCGUGGCGGCGGUGAUUGUUCGGUGAUGUCCUAGCUUUCAAAGUUAGUAACGUGAAUUAGAUAAUGCCACGGUUCUAUAUUCUGUUGAACUUGGGAGAAGAGCGACCAAAAUGGUGAUGAUUAUUGUUAGAUGAAAUUUCUAGUAUUGCAUUGGGGUAAAGCUGCCGUGAUGUGAGCGAAAUCUUUCUUUGAUUCAAAGAGAAAUGGUUAGGAAGGAAGCAAUGCAAUGUUUAUAGGCUUUCUGACUAGGAGGUGUUUGUAGAAAUGCCACUCUGAAGCAUUGCAGCAUCUAAAAUUUGGUGGACAUAAAAAUCUUGUUAGGCUAGCACCUUUCUCUCCAAAUCACUGAUGGCUUUUUUAUUUCAGAAAUUUCAAGAGGCUGUGAGAACCCUCACAAAAAAUCCCAUAUUUUCUAGGGAUCCUCAACAACUGCAAUUUGAAGCGGACAUUAACUGUUUGUUUCUUUAUACAAGCUACAAACUGUUGGGGGAGAAUGCUAAUGAAGCAGAUGCGGAAGAGAUUAUUAAAAUUGCUAGUAAAGCCUCUUUUGUCGAUCAACGAAUGCAAGUACAAGAAAAUGUUCACUCUCAAAUCAAAGCAUUUUGCACAUGCAUGAACGAAAUUCUUGUUUCAAAAGAAAAGAUGGUGAAUGGCCGCUUAGAAUCAUCUCAACAAGCAAACAGUUCACCUCUCCGUGGUGGGCAUAGUUCUGCUAAAGCUGCCUCUAAACAACGACCACUAAGCCAAUCUCAAGUCUCUCAGAAGUUAAAGGAUCAACUUGGUUACACACUUAAUGUUAAACCUUCUCAAAUACCUCACAAGGAUUCUGGAAAAGGUCUAUUUUUAGAUGGUGCAGUUGAUGUUGGUGCUGUUCUAGCCUUUUAUCCUGGCGUGAUCUAUUCCCCAUCUUACUAUAAUCAAAUUCCUGGAUACCUUGAUGAACAGAACUCGUACUUGAUUACAAGAUAUGACGGGACUGUCAUUGAUGCCCAACCUUGGGGUUGUGGCGGUGAUGGACCAGAACGAUUCAACCGUAGAAAAAUGUUAGAAAACAAACUUGAUAAUGAAGGAGCUCAUAAGGGUUCUGACAGAAUGAGUAAACCUUUGGAAGGCUCCCAGGUAGAUGAUGAUGUAGUUGAGCGUAGAAAUCCAUUAGCCUUGGCUCAUUUUGCUAAUCACCCUCCAAAAGGGAUUCUUCCUAAUGUCAUGAUCUGCCCUUAUGACUUUCCAUUGACUGAAAGAAACAUGAGGAUUUACAUACCAAACAUAUUAUUUGGAAAUGAAGAAGUAAAUCUGAAGAGAUUUGGCAGCUCUUGGCUCAAAUCUGUAGUUUCAAAAAACAGUGAAUCAGAUGUUCCUACCCUCAAAGCUGUUGUUCUGGUAGCAACUAGGACUCUUCAAGAUGAAGAACUCCUUUUGAACUACAGGUUGAGCAACUCUAAGCAGCGGCCAGAAUGGUAUGCUCCAGUGGAUGAAGAAGAGGACAUGAAUCUGAAAGAUGAAGGUGGCCAAUGAUCAGACAGAACACCUUUCGAUAUCAUCUCAGAAUGAUGUCUUAGGUUUAGGUUAAGUGCCUAUCUUUGGUCAUUCUUAUUAGUCUUUAUUAUACAAUGUUAGCAUGUUAUUUAUAUUUAACUAUUUUAAAAUAAAGGUUGGAAACAAAAAAUAA